CCCCGCCGGGGCCCGAAUCUGGGGUGGGCGGGGGCAGCCCGGGACUCGGGGGCUCCCAGGGUCGCCAUGGCAACGCACCCCCCUCGUUUUCCUUCCCGUCCCCGCCCCCUCCCUGAGGCCCAGUGGCUGAGGACUGGGGGUCCGCAGGCUUCCUGGGACUGGGCCGGCCUGGGCGUCUCCGGGUGGAAGAACACUCGAAGACAAGCCAUGACUUUCCAGGUUUGGGGGUGGCGGAGGGAAGACGCAUCUCAGGCCUCAGCCUGGGCUGCCGACGCCGAGGGCGGCAGAGGGGGAGCGAUGCCGUGCAGGACGCUGGCUACGAAAGACCCCACAGCUGUGGAGAGAGCCAACUUGUUGAACAUGGCUAAGCUGAGCAUCAAAGGCCUCAUUGAAUCUGCCCUGAGCUUCGGCCGCACUCUGGAUUCUGACUACCCUCCCCUGCAGCAGUUCUUCGUUGUUAUGGAACACUGUCUGAAACAUGGACUUAAAGUAAGAAAAUCAUUUUUGAGUUAUAACAAAACCAUCUGGGGCCCUUUGGAACUAGUGGAGAAGCUGUAUCCAGAAGCCGAAGAAAUAGGAGCCAGUGUCCGGGAUUUACCUGGCCUGAAGACUCCGCUGGGUCGUGCAAGAGCAUGGCUGCGGUUAGCCCUCAUGCAGAAAAAGAUGGCUGACUACCUGCGCUGCUUAAUUAUCCAGAGGGAUCUCUUCAGUGAGUUCUAUGAGUAUCAUGCACUGAUGAUGGAGGAAGAAGGAGCGGUAAUUGUCGGGCUGCUGGUUGGCCUGAACGUGAUAGAUGCUAACCUGUGUGUCAAGGGAGAGGACUUAGACUCACAGGUUGGAGUGAUUGAUUUUUCCAUGUACUUAAAGAAUGAAGACGAUAUUGGAAAUAAAGAAAGGAAUGUGCAAAUUGCUGCCAUUUUAGAUCAAAAGAAUUAUGUUGAAGAAUUAAAUAGACAACUAAACAGCACAGUCAGCAGCCUUCAUUCCAGAGUUGACUCACUGGAAAAGUCAAAUACUAAGCUGAUUGAAGAGUUAGCAAUUGCAAAGAAUAACAUCAUUAAACUCCAAGAAGAAAAUCAUCAACUACGAAGUGAAAAUAAGUUGAUUUUAAUGAAAACACAGCAGCAUCUAGAGGUUACAAAAGUGGAUGUGGAAACUGAAGUUCAGACAUAUAAGCAUUCCCGGCAGGGGCUGGAUGAAAUGUACAAUGAAGCCAGAAGACAGCUGCGGGAUGAAUCUCAAUUACGACAGGAUGUGGAGAACGAGCUAGCAGUACAAGUAAACAUGAAACAUGAGAUCGAACUUGCUAUGAAGUUGUUGGAGAAAGAUAUCCACGAGAAACAGGAUACCUUGAUAGGCCUUCGACAGCAACUUGAGGAAGUUAAAGCGAUUAACAUAGAGAUGUAUCAAAAGUUGCAGGGCUCUGAAGAUGGAUUGAAAGAAAAAAAUGAAAUUAUUGCCCGACUAGAAGAAAAAAACAAUAAAAUCACUGCAGCCAUGAGGCAGCUGGAACAGAGUGACAGUGACUUGUUAACUCAAACUAGGACAAUUGCAAUGUCAUUGGUGAAAUGUGCCAGCAGUGACACCCAGGACCAGUACAAGCUGGUCAAAGAUAUCUCUUUCUGAAAACCAAUUAUUUAACCAAACUAAAAGAGAAUCAACAGUUUUAAAAUAUAUUUAAUAGAAAAAAAAAAUGUAUGCUAUUAAGUCAAACAGUAUCAAGAGCCCUGUGCUGUCUCAGUUGGCUGCUGUGGUGUCGUCCAGCAGAGUGGGUGCACUUGGUUUUCCAAAAAUACACUCCUCCAACCGUGUGCACAAGGGCUGAUUGGAGUACUGACCCUUUUGGGCGGGAGAAGGGGUCAGCAUUUUCAAAUGCAGUUUUAUCUUUCUAGCAAAUUUUUGAAUUAAAACAUAAACAUUGUUUAAAAAUCAGUUAACUUUUAGUUUCAUAACGUGUUGGCACGGAUUUUUGUUUUCCCCAUUGGCCCACUCCUGGCCUCAGGACUCCCUUGCUGCUUUGUGCAUAACCCACUGGCCACCUUCCUGUGCUUUAGCGGCAUGGCUGGUCCCUCUCUGCCCUCUCUCUGAUAGCACAACUCCAAGGCCUACCUCACCCUGACUUUAUUCUGCAUUCUUCUAACUUUAAAGAAAAGCAUCUCCACCACCCUGACAUUUAAAUGUAAAUUUUAACUAAGAGAUAAUUGAAAAGCUACUCUUCCGUUUUUUUUAGAAACAGCAUUUCUGUUCCUAAAACGUGUGAGAACUGCCUUAUUGGUAUGGAAGAAAGUGGCCAGUUUUUUUUCUUAUUUUGUUUUGUUUUUGUUGAGCAGAAAUUUGUGAUUCCCAGAAAGGAGUUAAUGUCCUUGAAUCUUUGGAGAUAUUUUCUUAUAAAAAUGUGGAAGUUAAUAACUCCUAGAUGGCCUAAGGAGGCAGGAAGUACAACUAGGCACAGAGAGAAGCAAUAGCUUACAAAUAAAAUUAGUAAGAAUGAAAAUUACAUUUUAGUUGGUUUUUAAUAGUUGGAGGAACAAGAACACUCUCUAGAGAAUGACGCCAACUAGUGCUACAUUGAUUUUUGACUCUAAUAAAAAGCACUUGUGUCCACACCCACAGUUGUCGCACAGCUUUGACUUAGUUUAGUAAAUGCACAAAGAUCCUGUAGGAGGGACUCAGCCAUCAUCAGAGUCAUUGCAGGUCUUUGCUCUUGGCCUUGUAGCACACUUGAUUCCUGGCAGACACAUCCCAGCACAGCACGACAGUGUGGCUUCUCCACCUAGCAUAGACAUCAGGACUUUGAUUUUCAUGGUUUUGUAUAAAGGCCAUAACUUACUUGGAAAUUUGAUUUCAUUAUGCUCUACCUAAGUGGUAAAGGCUGUAUUACUUUUCCAUUGUUAAUUAUAAAAGAGAAAUAAACCAAAUUUGAAGAUAGUAUUUUGGGCAUAUUAUAUGUGUUAUGUUGGAAAAAAAUCACAAAACAGUUUCUAGACAUUGUGUGGCUCUUUCACGUUUGAGUUUGUGAGUUUUCCCCCAAACUUUGUUUUCAUUUAGAAAUGUUUCUAUUUCCCCAUUUUUCUUUUAUUUGUCUUCUUCACCCUUUUACACCCUAGUUCUAGCCUCAGUUUUACCCAAAGUUGAUUUGAAUUACACCAGAUUGCAGCAAACAGAGAAGGCG